AAGACUGUGUAGCAUUUUUUCCACUCGAGCGAAAUCCAUGCAGUUCCUCAGUUCCUCUUAAUUUAACGCGGUGCAUCUAUUAUAAAAUUCUUGCAGUCGUAGCACCAUUGGUGGUGAAUACCGCAAAAUCUGCCACGUCAAAACUGCAGGUGUAAAACAUGCACCACCUUAAAAUGGCAAAGUCCAGUACUAUUGGUGAUAUUUGUGGCUACUGUGCUUAAUUUGCAGAAUUUUAUUUUGCCCAUUGACGAAUUUAAAGCAGGAACGCAGUGAAAAACUUUUCGACAAACUGAAACGAAUAUAAACAAAGUAAUUAUGGGAGUGCAGUCUGCGGUUUCGAGAAUAGUACUUGCAAGCAUCAGUUAGCAUCCGUGGGCCGAACUAUCACUUACCGUCAGCAUGUCCAUCUUCCCACUUUUAGGCGGCGCGCUCGUGUUCGUUUUCUUUUGCUUUAGCACACGUGGUGUUGAUGCUGUGGAUCCAGACUUACUGACCUUUUCGGAAGAACUAUAUCGGCUCGACCAACAAGGGAAUGCUGCAGCAAUUAAUCAGCACUGGGCUGUUAACACCAGAAGCACCAAUGGAAAGUUAUUCACCAAAGUGGAGCAGUCGGUGUUUCAAAAACCAACGUAUAAAGCACUUAUCGCCUUGUUUGACAAUUAUAAUCCAGUCCUAGGCCAGGCGGAAGAAGUAACCGCUCAAGAAAAACAGGAAGAAACGGCAUUUUUAGAUGCUAUUAUGGCAACACCGGUCAUGCAAAAAGCCUUUGAAUACCUGAGCAAAAAAAAUUUAGUACCGGCGACCAAAGACAAAUUCAAAGAUUUCCUGCGGAUGAUCUGGUUCACCAUUUACCGUCGCCGAGGACAACCAGACACUUCUGGCUUCGAGCAUACAUUUGUGGGAGAAAUCAAUGGCACCUCUCCAAGCGAUAGUGUAGAAGGAUUUCACAACUGGGUUAUGUUCACACGAGAGGAAACAGCAGGCAGAGCGAAAUACGGCCGGUGGAAAGGUCAAGCUGAUCCGGACCUUUACGGAAUGCAGUUUACAUGGAACGGUCACACAAAAAUUAAAUCCACAAUAGCCAUUGGGGAGAGCCCGGAAAUGUCCAUCGCUGUGCUAACAACGUGCUUUGUGGUGGCUCCCAAUGGAGAAUGCAGUCUGCGAAUGGGCGGCGCCCCGGUCAAAGUUCUCACAUAUAAAUGGGAUGUACGCGGAAAUCCCAACGAGUUUUAUGUUGCGUCGGCUUAUUAUGAUAACUGAAAAAAUUAUUUUUGAGAAAUUUAUUAAGCAGAAAAUAUAAUUAACAAACCACCGAUGAAUUUCUGGUAUCCGUGCGACUUGGAGCCUUUUCGGCUCGAACCGCAUUUUUACAGCACGCAUCCCGGUAAUUCAGCAUUUAUCUACCCCUUUGGCUGAUUAGUUUAUCGAUGCUUGCUUACCAUUACUCGGCCUGCACAACAAUAACUUCUGACUACAUACCUAACACCGUGCUACGGUGCCUGGAGUUUUCCGGACAGAAAACACGUAUGAAAUUUCGUCACAAGUCUUCGGUUUUUGUUGAAAUGCCACAAAAUGUCAGUGGUUGGUUUGUCUGUGAAGCACCACUUAAAGAACACUACUUCCUUUUUUUAGGACAAGCCUACUCUACUCUGUAUAGUCUAUAAGUAUGCGGAUACCCAGUUUUUUAUGCUACAAGAACAAAACAUA